AUAAUGUCGUUGUCACUAAAAAUAAGAGUACAUAAUUAAAUUCUUUAAGUUUUUUUUAUGAAUACUGAACACUGAACUUGAUUUACCUGACCUUAAUAAUUAACUGCAAAAUCUGUGAUAAUUCAAUACAUGACUAAAUUUCUCGUGCUUAUAGAUAAACUUCAUCAUAAUCUGUGUUGACAUGUCUUUAUGUAGUUUGUUGUAGUCAUUACCUUACAUAUUUUUAUGUUUAUGGAAGUUUAUUACAGUGAAAAUAAGUUGGAGGAGGACUCCGAUGCAAACAAACAGUUUUGUCUUACCUUUUUGUUAAAUUGUAACAACUAAAACAUUAUUACUGUAUAUAAAGUAUGUAAAUGUACUAAAAAAUGGCAUUUCUAUGCCCAGUGAGAAUCAGACGAGGUAAAAAGAAAAAAGCCUCGAAUAUAGAUUUAGAAAAAGAACUGACUAGAUCUAACAAUGGUGCUACACCAGGAAUGGGAAGAAUUACUGGCUCUGCGAGUAUUGAAACACUCGUUAGAGUUGGUAUCGAAAAGGAACAUGGGUUAUCGCCUGAUAGCAAAAUGGUUGUGUUACAUGACUUUACUCCUUGUGUUGAUGAUGAGCUAGAAGUUAAAAGAGGACAGAUUGUGAAUAUUUUAUAUCGAGAAAAUGAUUGGGUGUAUGUUAUUGGAUUGGACACAAGACAAGAAGGAUUUAUUCCAUAUUCAUAUUGUACACCCUACAAUAAUCAUUUAGCUGAACUUGCCAUAAAAAAGAAACUACCUAGAGACGAACAUGUGGCUUCAGGAGACAGCUUAGAUACAAACCAAGACUGUGAUGGUGCUGGUGCUGAGGCUAGCGACUGCGAUUCUGUGGGGAAAAAGCACAGGCCGGGGGCUGUUUCUCCAAUCAGCAUUCACUCCGAACCGGACAUGAUACCGUUUUCUAAAGAUCCAUCUGGCAGAUAUAUUGUUUUAUAUACAUUUAUUGCUAGGGAUGAAAAUGAUGUAUCUGUAGAAAGAGGGGAAUUUGUAACAGUACUAAAUAGAGAAGAUCCAGAUUGGUAUUGGAUUGUAAGAAGUGAUGGACAAGAAGGUUUUAUUCCUUCUGGUUUUGUUUAUCCAGCUGAUAAUGUGAUACAAGGUCAUUUAAGUUCCACUACCCAACCUGGCACCGGAGCCUUUCCCAAUCAGAACAACAACCACUCAGUGACGACAUCUACUGCCGACGAUCUUAGAUACCACGGUACGGAGUUGGUAAUGCUGUACGACUAUAAGGCACAAGCCCCCGACGAUUUGACUGUUCGAAGGGGGGACUGGAUCUACGCAGAUCUCAACAACCAAACGGUGGACGGUUGGUUGUGGGCCUACGCCCCCAAAACUAGGAAGUACGGAUUUAUACCUAAAGCUUACGCAAGACCGCCGGCCAUGACAAGCCUUUAAAAUCGCUCAUUUUUUAUUUUUAUAUUUUUUUAACAUUUAUUUUUGUAAAAAGUAUUUUAUACCAAAUAAAUUUAACAUUUUAUAUAA